AUGGCGACCAGGCUUUCCCGAAACCUGUCACGGGUCAACCGCCGCUUUUGGGCCGGGUUAUCUUCAUCCCCGCUACCUCGCGUUGCGAACGCCAGUGCCCGUGCUGGCUUGAUGGCACAUCGCAACACCUGGAACCUCACACCACAGACCAGCCGCGUAGCACAGGCCAAUUUCGCGCGGUAUGCCCAUACAGGCCCUGGCUCAUCGGCCAACUCAAACGCUUCCAUUCCUGAUGCUACCGAAUACAAAGGAUCGAGCCUCACCGGAAAACACUGGAUGAGCCAGGACUUGUCCAUUGUGGACGCUUUGAUCGAACCGAAAGCCGUCUUGCAUUUUGUCGAAUUCAUCACAUGUGGUACUCUACCGAACGGGAAAAAGACUGAUUUGGCUUUGCCAAACCAAGAUGAAAUCCCACUGUUCAUAGCCCCAAGUUCACAGUGGGCACCUGUGCCGUUCAACAAGGAAAGUCGUUCAACUGUAGAGAAAGCCUUAAAGCGAAUCAUUGGCCCGGAGGAUUUGACCGGGCUGUGCAAUAUUGGGCAAAAUAUUCAUUUCAUCAAAAGUCGUCUCUGGGGAGGUCUUCCCCCCGUGCCUGCAUCGCGGUGGCGUGAAAAGGAUCUCAACAACCCAGGAAAUUUCACGAUCGCCCAUGAAUACCUAACCUCUGUUAUUGCCGUCUUCGAGUACCUGAAUAUUCCUCAGAUUCGGACUAACAUGUGCGAGACCUUCAACAAGAUCUCUGGCGACUUCGAAGAAAUGCAGGAAGCCUUGAACGCAAGGCGUAGGGCUCAAGGUGAUCUCUCUCCCGAGCUCAACCUUACUGCCCUUUGGGAGCAAUAUAUUCGUGCACAGUACGAAGUCAUGACCAGCACCGCCCAUUCCUGGGUUCUGGCCCGUCUUGCCGAAUUACGUGAACGGGCAAUGGACAGCUUCAGUGGGAUCGACAACCCAGAAAGCCCAGAAAUGCAACUUUUCACACAGCGGUGGACCGAACUCAUUGAAGUUACUUCUAUGGCUGAUUUCAAUAUUUGGAUCACCAUGGAGGGAUACAAAGGCUACCAACCCCCCUCCGAGGUCGUCGCUGGACUGCACAAUCCUGACCUAAAGUACCACGACAAGAACUAUGGGUUCUCUAAGCUUCUGCUUGAGCGACUCACAAAAUGUAUCGAGGCUCAGAAUGAGGCGGCGGCUAUUCAAGGUCCAAGCGCAACCCAGAGUGAUGCGGCCCGCCGUGAGCGCCUUUCUAUUAGCACAGUAGUACAGGAUGAACUGCGUGAAAAGAUACGCGGCUGGGUGCCAUCGCCACUACCACCUGCACAACCCUGGAUCCAGCAGCUUCUUCGGGCUCAGGAGGCGAUGCAGCCGUGGGAGAGACGCGACUGUGGCUUCGGAAUAGCGAUCUACCGCGCAGCACACCAGUUUUCUGAUGAGCAGUGGGAAACCCUAAAGCGGGACUUGGAAGCUCACUUGUCAGCCUGGGGUGAUGAUGCCCAGUGCGCUGAAAAGCUCAAACCUCUGCUUAAACUGCAUUGGUUUGACUGCAAGGAACUGGGCUUGGACACAACCAAGCCCGUGACAGCAGCAAGGAGGCACUUCCAACAAAUCCGGUCCUCUGAUGAGUGGAGCUAUAAAAUAGCGCCAACUGUUUUCCUUGUCAUGGAUCCCAUGAGCGUAGGCUCUUAUAUUGAUGACAACUUAUACGCCUCUUUCAAAAAAGACAAAGGUCUCCUCAAAGGGGAUUUUCAAGGUUAUGCAUUGGCUGUUGACGCAAACUUUGAUGAUAGUGCCACUGCAAACGAAAAUGCAGAUGGCGUGACCAAUCAAGAUCCUCGGGAUGGAGGCUCUGACUAUCCGGGUCACAUGCGAAUCCUGGGUAACCUAGUCUGGAGCGAACUCUAUCCCAUGAUUAUGCUACAAUCUGUGGAACUUGAAAAUUUCUGGCUGCAAGCACGGGAACAUCCGAUACAGGUAUACACGGGGCCGACUGUGCCGAGUCAAGUUGAUCCAUGGAAGGAGCAUAAUCUCAUCAAGACAGAUAUGAUGGAAAAAUUUGUUGAGUUUCUAAAGCAGAAGGACCCCGCCUUAGCAGGAAGAGUUAAGGAUUUUAGGAAGGAGGGGCUCCUUUAG